AUGAAGACCGAAGACCAGACCACGGAGGAGGCGGCGCGCCGCGCGUCUGCUACUCGCCGUCAGGAAAAACCACCCUUCUCGUACAUUGCGCUCAUCGUCAUGGCCAUCCGACACUCGCCCAACAAGCGACUCACACUUAGCGAAAUCUAUGCGUUCCUACAGCAACAGUUUCCGUUUUUCCGCAGCUCCUACCAGGGCUGGAAGAAUUCCGUGCGCCACAAUCUAAGUUUGAAUGAAUGCUUUGUGAAAUUACCUAAGGGUUUAGGAAGACCCGGGAAGGGGCAUUACUGGACGAUUGACCCAUCGUCUGAAUUCAUGUUUGAGGAAGGGUCGUUCAGACGGCGUCCACGUGGGUUUCGUCGCAAGUGCCAGGCGCUGAAGCCACAGUUCGGGAACGGGACCUAUUUGUGCGGAGGUGGAAUGGCCGCGUUACCGCCGUCUCAACCAACGGGAUAUGAACUGGCGGGUGGUAGCGGCACAAGCGCCAGCGGCUCGACGGCCAUGGACUAUGGAGCAUGCGCGUACUCACACUCAGGUUCUGGCGGUCAGCAGUUGGCUUAUGGAGGCGAGUACUGCUCAUAUGGUGGAAUGAGCGAGCGUGAAUGGCCUCUUGCAUACAGCACUGUAGAGCCAGCUUAUCGGCCUCCGCCUUCUUCGCCACCCUCACGCCAUGACCUGCCCGACCUCAUUCCCAACUACCAAUAUGCCGUCGCCAAUGAUCACGGUACGGCGCCGAUGUUUGCGGGGAUGCGAAGCAUGCAUCAACAGAUGCUAUCUGGCGGCUCACUUGUGGACCCUUCAAUCAGCGGUUUGAGCAGUUUUGGGCAUCAUUUGUCUUCGUCGUUACCAGCCCUACCCCCGGAUCGUAAACCUCCCACGCCACUGCCACCUCUAGGACCAGCUCCAUCCCUGGCUUCUACGCCAGCUCCUCCACCAGCAACUUCAACCACAGUUCACUCCUAUUAUGACCACAUCAUAUGA